UACACGUACAUGAAUGAUAAUGAAGGUUAUAUCAUGUAAUAUGCGAACGAGAUAAUGAAGAAUUGGAAAUAUGAGAAUAUAAAAGAUAAGUGUUACAUACAAUGUGUUUGAGGGAGAGUUUGGUUUGUCAUGCAUAUGUUUCCUUGUUCACUUUUUUUGUGCUUGUGAAGUUAUGAACCACCUUGACUUAAUCUAGAUUAGUUAAGUAACCACCCCUCCUACAACUACAAAAACAUCAAAACGCUGCCUUAUAAUUAGUAAUGUCUCUGUUCUUACUAUUCAUAUCAAUAUACCGACAGGUUGCAACUCUGAGAUCCACACUCUACUAUGCAGGAACAUGGACAGUAUUGCUGAUUUUGACAGUGGUGGUGGCAUCUUUCUCCCCAGAGCUUGCGUUCAUGUCUGCGGUUUCCCUCUCCCCGCCUUACUCGAGGUUGUGUGGCGGUGAUGGGUAUGUGAGGAUCCCACUUGAUAUGCCUGGUGAAAGAAUAUGCUUACCUGCACAAAUGUUGAAGAGGUCUGCAUUGGAUGUUUUUAUCCCAACUUUGUUUUCUGCCCUUAUUGUUGGUUUUUCUGCUUUGCUUCUUAGAUCUUUAGGUUUUUCCUAAAGUUCAAAGGUAUUUUAUUUUUUUUACUUAAUUCGUUUGGGUGAUGAACAAUUUAAAAUAGAAUAAUUUGCGAAUUACCGUGUUAAAAUUUGCACUUUUGCGAAUUAUAGUGUUAAAAUUAGCACUUUUGCGAAUUAUAGUUUCAUUGUGUAUUUUUUGCGAAUUAUAGCCAUCAAAGUAUUAAAGUCUGCAGGUUUAGGCCAACACACAGAAUUCCGACCAUUUUAGUGGUCGGGAUUUCACGUUAAGUGGUCGAAAAUAUGUGUAAUUGGCCUGAAUCUGUAAACUUUGAUACUUUGGUGAUUGUAAUUCGUAAAAAAUAAACAUUGAAGUUGUAAUUUGCAAAAGUGCUAAAUUUUAAGGCUGUAAUUCGCAAAUAGUUCUUCAAAAUGAGAUAUAUAUAUAUAUAUAUAUAUAUGUAUAAGCUAGAUAAUGUCUUUAGCAGUAGUUGCA